AAAGCAUUUUAGCAAGCACUUGCGUUUUUAAUAAGUCAAUAAUUAAGUCUCAUCAUACUGAUAACUGAUAUGCCCAGUGAGGCUGAUCAGCAUAACAAACACGAAACACUUACCAGACUUCCUCCCUCCUGCAAACUGUAGCGCAAACGAAAACUGUGAACAAGAGGCGAAUUGUGUGGGCGACAGAAAGGGCGAAGGUAUGGAGAGCUUCCUAUGCGCGCAGCAGGUACAUGGUUUUGUUCAUCCCCCCUACGGUUAUUCUGCUUCUUUGCUCCAGAAGCGUCGCAUCCGUAUCAGUAAAAUGUCUCGGCUGCUUACGAGGAACAGUAGUUUUGGCCGCCGCUGCGACAGAAUCGUAUGUGGUGGAAGCUUCAAUGAUAAAACACAAAACACCCAGCCGGAAAGAAGCGGGAUUCAGCUUUAUCGGAAUAUUGAAAGAUUACUCACAGAUACGGUGAAACAUUCUCAAGAUGCUCGGGGUACCUUAAAAGACUGGAAGGAAGUUGAGGGAACAUGGGUCUUACGACCAAGACACACAAAACCUACACUACUUGUACACUUUGUUGGAGGGGUUUUUGUUGGGGCGGCUCCUCAGCUCACCUACCGCUUAUUCCUGGAGCGUCUCGCUGAGAAGGGCAUAUUAGUUAUUGCCACUCCUUAUGCUAGUGGCUUUGAUCACUUCUUGAUUGCAGAUGAAGUGCAGUUCAAAUUUGACAGGAGUUUUCGGUUUCUCCAGGAGAUGGUAGAAGAUCUUCCGGUUUUCGGCAUUGGCCACUCAUUGGGUUCUGUUAUUCACCUUUUGAUUGGCUCAAGGUAUGCUGUUCAGAGAAGUGGAAACAUAUUAAUGUCGUUUAACAGUAAGGAUGCGAGCCUUGCAGUUCCAUUGUUCUCCCCGUUCCUUGUGCCAAUGGCUCAAAGCAUUGAACCACUUCUUUCACAAAUUGCAGCAUCACCAACAGUCCGUCUUGGGGCAGCGAUGACUCUAAAGCAGCUACAGACUCUUAGCCCUACUGUUAUGAAGCAAGUACUUCCGCUGGUUGAACAGCUUCCUCCUUUAUAUAUGGACUUAAUUAAUGGAAGAGAAAAUUUUACUCCCAGACCAGAAGAAACAAAAAGACUGAUAAAGUCUUACUAUGGCAUUUCAAGGAAUCUCUUAAUAAAGUUCAAAGAUGACACAAUUGAUGAAACAUCGGCACUAGCUCAGCUGCUUAGUACGGAUUCUGCCAUCAGUUCAGUGUUGGAUAUGUCUAUUCGAUCUUUACCCGGUGGCCAUGGACUUCCUCUACACCAGGCUUUCCCAGAUGUACCACCUGCAAUGACGAAUGUCGUUAACAAGAGUGGGGAGCUUCUGGCAAAUUUGAGUGCGGGAACACCAUGGGAAACCUUAGCUAAAGAAGUAGGCAAUGCCUUGGCCAGCGGAGACUCAAAUGUCCUUCGUUCUGAAGUACCCAAAGACCUUGAUCAGCUAAUAGAUGUAAUUGUUUCAUGGAUGGCUUCAAAUUCUGGCCCCAAACUUCUACGAAGCUGAAAAGCAAAAUUUUCGUUCCGAAAGAUUGGACAUUGACCAAAUGUCCAAAAUAUUACCACUUUGUUGAUUUCUAUGCUAUAUGUGGAACAGUGGACAUGUGGAGUUUCAAGUUCCAACGCAUGGAAGAAGUAAAUAUGAUACGGUAUGAAAAUGUGACUUACAGAGACUAUGGAGAUAUUUCAGUGCAAACUUUGUGUUUUUUUAUUUGUUCAUAAAAACAUUGUCGGUUUAGUGGUAUCAUGUCUAUCCUUUAUAAAUUGAUCGAUAACACAUCUGUAAAUAAAAUCAUAUUAUGUUACGGGAGUAUAUAUUGUAAAUAAUUAAUAUGGUAAUUGAUCCUCAUUUUUAAUAAGAAUUUUAUUAAUCCAUGUCC